GUAGAGCAUGGUCUAUUUUUGAUUUGAUUCAACUUCUGAGUAAAGAGUCGGGUAUAGAAACAGAUGAUCACAUGUUCACACAAACACCGAUCACUUUCCGAAGAAUCAAAUCUCCUGCCGAAGCCAUUGCCAAAUACGAUGCUUUCAAUUUCGAUGAUGACGACAUAUCUUUGGACAUAAUGUCUGGCAUAUCGUUAAAGGAUUCCGAGGAUAUUGAGCCAAAAGAAGCCGAUUCUGAAGUUAAAGGUCAACAGAAUCGAGUUGAAGAGCAAACAAAUGACACGAUCACUAACACUGAUCCUGAAUCUCAUGUUCAGACGGCACCCCACGGACAACUCACACAACAGCAACAAGACGACCGGAGCAAAAGGGAAUGGGAGGCCGGAAGGAUCGAUUGGAUGGGCGCUCACCAGUCCGACCGCAUUAUUGAUAGGCUUAAGAGACUCAUUAAUGACUAAAUUUGCGCAUAGUUUGGCGUUUGGACUAAAUUUUAUCAUAACUAAUCAAUUAUUUCUAGUAUCAUAUUUUAUUAACAAUAACUUUAUUUUAAAAUUUAU